UAACCAGAACAUUGUCACAGGAAAUAGAAAGUGAACUGAUUCGUAAUGCCUUCUAAACGAACAAAUGAGGAGGAAAGUAGACUGUUGGAAAGUGAUGGUAAUAAGGAUGACUACGAGGAAAGCAGCUUUUCCUAUACAUUAGGGUUUAAACAGGAUUACAAAACCUGGCAGAAAGAACAAAGAGCCAAGGAGAAGUUGGAGGCAAAGACCAGAUGGUUUGUUUACAUCAGCCACUUCCUGUCGGCCUGGGGCGACAGGAUGUGGUCGUUUGGAGUGGGAAUCUUCCUGGUACAGUUGGAGCCAGUAUCGCUGAGGCUUGUUGCUAUCUAUGGGUUUGCUAAUGGUGGCUCUAUCUUGUUACUGGGGGCCAUUGUCGGUGACUGGGUGGACAAGACAGCCAGACUUUCAGCGGCUAAAUGGACGUUGGUGAUACAGAACAUGAGCGUAUGUUUGUGUUCCGUCCUUGUGUACUUCGUGUUCCAAUACCAUGCCGAGAUAAAGGAGGUUUGGCCGGAGCAGGGAUUAGCCGACUUGUCCUACGCUGUUAUCAUCGUCAUAUCCAUUAUAGGAAAUCUGGCGAGUGAGGGACGAAAGAUUGCGGUGGAACGUGACUGGGUUGUUGUGAUUUGUGGGCAGGACAAAGACUUGCUAGCGAGCAUGACCUCUUUCCUCAGAACCAUUGACCUUACGACAUUGAUCUUGGCACCUGUCGUUACGGGACAGAUCAUAGCCUUUACAGUGAUAGGAUACGGGGCUCUAUUUAUAGCAGCUUGGAAUCUGGUGUCUGUCGUGAUUGAAUAUAUCUUUGUUUUGAAAGUGUAUGAGAAAGUGCCAGCUCUAAGAGCAGUCAAAAACAAAGAUCGUAAAGCAGUUGACAAGGGGCCAUCAGACAAAGAAUCUCCACUGAUGGAUGAAGGAGAAGAACAGAUCACUGUCAAUGAAGAUCUUGAAGCUGCUAGCAGUCCACCUCAACAGAUCAAGCAGACACAGAACCUUGAUGAAACCAGCCUUAAAACAGAACAGGCUAUCAAAACUCUGACACCUAGUGAUGAACCUGAAGAUACAAACUGCAGCGGGAACUGUGCCAGUUGUCUGAGAAAAGUUUUUAAAAGUUUUAUAAUUUUGUAUCGAGGCUGGAGUACCUACAUGAAAUAUAAUGUUGCAUUCGCUGGCCUUGGUCUAUCAAUGUUGUACAUGACAGUUUUGGGAUUUGAUAAUAUCACAACUGGCUACGCCAUUUCCCAGGGUGUAUCCGAGUCUAUUUUGGGGUUUCUAAUGGCAGCAGGUGCCAUUGUAGGAAUUCUGGGAACCAUUGUAUACCCUCGCAUGCGGAAACGCAUCGGCCUGGAAAGGACAGGACUAUUUGGCAUUUUAUCACAGAUUCUUAUCCUUACAUUGUGUGUAGCAGCAGUUUGGGCACCUGGCAGCCCUUUUGAUCUCCUCUAUGAUUCAAGAGUUCCGAAAGGGGAGAUAAUUACUUCAAAUCAAUGUGAAAAUAUGAGCAUUAUCAUCACCAAUCAGACACUCAAUAAUAGUACUGGUACCAACAGAACAAAUCUAGGAUACCAGGUUUCCUCAGAUUUUAAUUUAGCCAAUCAGAGUGCUGUAUGCAAUGGGACUGAGGAGGGCACGAGUACAGGACCUGGUUCUUACAUUUCUAUUUCACUGUUAAUGGGAGGAAUCAUUGGUGCCAGGUUUGGACUUUGGAUAGCAGACCUUACUAUCACUCAGCUCUUCCUCGAAGCCGUCGUUGAGCGUGAACGUGGAAUCGUCAACGGAGUUCAAAGUUCACUGAAUCAGUGUGCAGACAUGAUUAAAUUCCUGAUGGUAAUAGUAGCACCUGAUCCGGAGGUGUUUGGAAUUCUCAUAUUGAUCUCAUUUGCAUUCAUUUGUUUGGGAUGGUUGUUCUAUGCCAAAUAUUCCAGAUCAGCUCGUGGACAUCUUUUCCAUUUCGAAAAGGUUGCAGCAUGUUUUGAUUCCAAAAAAGCACUUCCUGUAAUAGAUAUAACAAAAACAGAGACAGAAAGUAUUAGAAGUAGAUAAGAUUUUAAGAGAAGAGAAGAAUUUUCCUUCGACAGUGGAACUACACUUGUCAUUUUCAAAACAUUUUAGUUUUAUGAAAAAAAAUCAGUAUUAUAUAUUUUUUCUGAUCAGUUGUAUUUCAUUGGAAAUUAAAGCUUGUUGCUCUAGUCCUUGUUGAAAGGUGGUUAAGAUUGAUAUAGUAUCAGUAAUUUGUCUGAGAUUAAAUGUCUCCUGUUUGUAAAGUACAUACUGUAUAUAUAACAAAUACAAAAAAUGGGAAAAAAAUGUUCAAAGUAGAAGAGAAAAUAGAAAUUAUUGUUAUGUAUCUGAUUUGAUAUAUUUUCAAAAUUGACCGUGCCAUUACUUUAGGAGUUGCCUUCAGCAUGCCCUGAACCCACAACACCUGAAUCCACUGUUGUGGGUUUUCAUUGGAAGCACUUUUUUUCCCCCGUGUGAGCUUUAAGAGCUUAAAAUUUUCUUCUGAAUAAUUGGUUAUAAUGAACACAAAUUAAACAAAACAUGCUAUUUAACAGCACUAUAAAGUAAUUAUUGUUAGUGUUGAUGCAGCAUAUGUUAUAUCGAAAUAGGACCAAUCAUGUGUAAAAUUACUUAGUUGUAUAGUUUGGUAAUAAGGGGGCUUAGCCAUAUAAUGGUUCUCAUUAUUGGUAAAAUAUUGUACAGUGCUGUCUAGCUUAGAUUUUCAAUGAAUUUUUAUAAAUAUUUUUAAUCUUUUUCUCACAUAAAACGGAAAUUGUAUCACAAAUACAAAACCUCAACUACAGUAAAACAUCAGUCUUACCCCCUAAGUAGGUAACAGUUAUGUGCCCUGGUAUUCAUCCUCAGAGUUCCGGGGGUUACUCUCAUUGAUGUUCCCUGCACCCCUGGAACAUGUCAUGACACACUUGAAGGUCCUGUAUGUGUCACAUUGUGGAUGAUACCGGUACACUAGCUUGAUCCUUUAUUGUACAACAGAAGAGCCACACAGACGUGUAACAGUAAGAUUGACCGGCUUUGAAGCGUACUGCGCGCCUACAAUUUUGUCAUGACAUAUUCCAGGGGUGCAGAGAACACGAGCGAGCAUUACCCCUGAAGUUUCUAGGAUGCCUGGAAUUGUAAACAUCUGAUCUGAAAACUCAAAUCACGCCUAUAUAUGGUGAAGUCAUUGGUUCUGUUCUAAGGGGUUUGUUAUAUAGACCUGUUUUACUGUGUAGGACUGGUUGGAAACCUUUCUGUUUUUGUGAUGAAAAGUAAAUGUUGUCAACCAACGUUUAUCUUAGAGGUAAAUAUUGUGGCAUUUUAAACAUGGUGCUAGGUUGGACUCAGGUUGUCAAGGACAAGUUUGAUAAUUAAACAGGGUAUCAAAAUAACUACAUAUAUAGAUGGGGUGAUGCUUGAUGAAAUAAUUUUAUACAUAGAGGUACCACAGAGUACAGAUGUUUUAACAAGUUUAUGUUAAGUAAAGUUUGUAAAUUUUCUAAUUUUAGAAAGAAUUUGAGGCUUAAAAUAGCAUUUAUAUAUUUUUUUCCGUUUUUUUUAAAUUUGAAAAUAACGUAACAGGAAUUGCAUAAAUAUUAUAAACAACAGUCAUGAACUUCUUUCUACGAAUCUUUUCUGGGACAUUGUCGAGUGAUUGUUGUUGUACAAACAACCUUUGGGUUUCCCUGGAUAAACUACAUGGGUUUCCCUGGAUAAACUACAUGGGUUUCCCUGGACAAACUACAUAGGUUUCCCUGGAUAAACUACAUGGGUUUAUUUUAUGAUGAAUGCUCAUGAGAAAUAAAAUUAUAACAUGUAUAACAAGCACUUGGGUGAAUAGAUUUAAUCAUGUAUCAAUACUAGGGGUACAUUCGCGUAUCCGGUUUAAACAGUUGAACCGGUUGAACUUGUAAAGAAAACGACAGGCACAGAUCUGGA